AUGGGAAUUUGCGGCACAUAUUUCUGCGCGAGCGAUGAUGAAUAUCUGGAAGCUAGCUUGAACGAAAGCGUAGCGCCCUACCCCUUUGACGAGGAUCCCGAUAUAGCUGGCAUCGGUGUCAUCGCUUCCUUUUUCAUCUAUGCGAUAUUCACGAGUGGCCUCGCUGGGAUCACCUAUCUUUUCGUUGAGGGUGUGGUACCUGAGAGGUUCUCCAAUAAACUGGACUUUCUCCUCCAGAACAGAGCGGAUCGCCUCGUACGUUUCGUCUGGAAAAACAUCAUACCGCGUCGAGUACGCGAGUUGCUCGACUUUCUUUGGCCGCGUCGCCUUCGAACGAUCCCAAAGGAGAAGCUCCAGGCCAUUUGCUUGCAACUGACCGACAUCCAACUUAUUACUGGUGCGUCGAUUUUCAUCGUUCUAUACUCGAGACAUUGCACGGUAACGCAAUAUCACUUUUACAUCGGAUUGGAGCUUUCCUACCUCUCCUUUAUCACCUUUCAGGGUAUGCUCCUUGCGGUUGUCGACGUUUUGCAUGAACGGCUGUUCACGAGGGUGUGGAGAUACAUCUGGAUCCUCACCCUCUCCGCUGGCAUUUUUGCAAGUAGGUUCAUUCUGUGGAACGAUUACUUUAUGGUUGAUAGAAUGUAUGGCCUGUCCGUUCAGUGCGUGUUCGACAAGCUUGCCAUUUCCGAGUGGUUUACACCAAAGGAAGCCGGGAUGCUCACCAUCGACGUGGUCGUCUUCUUCUGGUCACUCUGGUCCAUUACCGUCUUGCUCUUCCCGAGCGUCUCUGGGUGGCCUCCCAUGGCGCAAAUUACCAGCUUUAUCUAUUGGUUCUUUUCAUUCCCGAGUCGAGCACUCGUUAGGGUGCGCAACAGAGCGCUCUUGAAUCCCGCCGAUGCCGAGACUACGAAAUUCAAGAUUAAACGGCGCAUUAUUACCGUUGCGUUCGUGAUGUUUCUCUCAUUCCGCGAGAUCGUAUUCUCAUUGUGUUUUGACCUCCUUCGAGUCUACACUCUAUUGAUCGGCAGCAUAUACGGCAUACUCUACCAGCGGAGACGAGCGGCGGACCACGGCCGAGAAGGCGACGAAAACGAAUGGGGGUUUGGGCAGAUUCUGCCCCUUCUACUCUUAGCUUUGCCCAUCUCUACUUUUGCAGAAGAAAUUUGGAGAGAUCUUCCAGGGGCAGAAGACGACACGAACCAGCAAGAGGAAGCAGUUGCGGCUGGUCCCGUUAGUACCCCUGAGCUGCAACUCGAACGAAGCCAGACUGCACCAGCAACAUACAAGCCGCUAGAAUCUCCUUUAUCAACCCAAAUGUCCGCGCCAGCUGCCAUGCCGGCCGUCGUCUUGAACCAACCAGCCAAUACCGCGAGCACCGACUCAGAUCGGGCUUACAUGGUCUACCGGAGGGAGUCCCGAGUCGAGACUGUAAUCAAGCCAACUCUAACUAGGUUUCUUCGGCAACGCCACAUGAAGUAUCUACUCGGGAGAGCUCGUGACCUUCUUCAAUCCGAUCUAGAUACUAUGCAGGACGGCGUUACCGACCUUGAAACGGAAUGGUUUAAUAAGAAGCUGUUCCAGGUUUGGCUGAUUCUAUGCUUCUCUGCCCUGUAUGGCGGGGUCACAGUGUUGGUUUUCCUCUUCGAUGUCCCUAUUUAA